AUGGAGCCGCGUGAUGACCCUGGGGGCGGAGAAGUCCCUGGGGUCGGUUAUAAUGUAACAAUAUCAAAUGAAUCUGGAAUGGAAACCGAUCGAUCCGUUAAAUCUAGCAGUGGUGCUCGAAAACGUAGAGCCACUGUCAAUAAGCAUUGCUCUAAAUGCCAUAAAAAAAGACGAAAUCGGAGACGAAAUGAGGGCAAAGAAAUAAAACCAAACGAAUGUGAUUGCAUACCUGUGUUUAAUAAUAACACUAACACCCAAAGUAUUACUCCUCCCCAAUUCACUGACUCGCAACUGAAUUCCAAUAAGUCCAAUCAGUACAAAAAACCAGAAUCGGUAGCUAGAUUAAGUUAUCAGGUAAGUGAUGCAGCACCAUAUGUUGUUCAUGUGCAAAAAAUACAGCAAGCUCCUAACGAUAAUGUUACAGUUCACCCUAUCGCUUUUGGUCGUUUUUUAAAAAGGAAUUCUAUCCACAACAUCGUUAACGGAAGCUUAAAAAGAAUUGGCCGUAAUAGACUGUCUCUGUCUUUUAAUAAUUACCAAGACGCAAAUUCUUUCUUAAACAGCCCUGCUCUGCAAUCCGCCGAGUAUAAGGUUUUUAUCCCAACGUUUACUGUGACCCGUAUGGGUGUUGUAAGAGGCAUACCUGCUGAGUGAUCAGAUGAAGAAGUUAUGGAAAAUAUUAAUUUACUUGUUGGAUGCGGUCCGAUUUUAAAAGUAAGAAGAAUGAGACGGCGUAUCAUUACUAGUAAUGGCACUGAAUUUAAGGCUACUGAAACUCUGGUUCUCACCUUUGAUGGGCAAAUUCUACCUAAGCGAAUUUUUAUUUGCUACACUGCUCUCCCAGUGGAUCUUUACAUUUUCCCCACAAUACAAUGUUACAAUUGUUGCAGAUUUGGUAAUGUAAAAGCAUUAUGUAGGUCAAAACCAAAAUGUUUCAAGUGUGGCCAAGACCAUACUGCUGACCAGUGCUCUAUCCUAGAGGAAGAUGCACAUUGUUGUUUAUGCCAGGGUUCCCAUUUUGCCACAAGUAAAAGAUGUCUAGAAUUUGAGCGCCAAAAAGCCAUUAAAGAAACUGUGGCCAAGAGCUGUAUUUCGUACGGUGAAGCAUCUAAAAUUCAUGCACCCAUUUCUAAAAUAUCUUAUGCUGAUGCUUUACUUUCUUCUUCCAAUGUCGGGGCUUCUACUAUUUCUACUCCUCGAUAUGAACAGCCUCAUAAACAACCUUUCAGUAACUCUUACAAAAAGACUGUUUUUCUUAAACCAAAAUCUAUUCCUGAGCUA